CCGCUGUCUCUUUCUGCGACAUUACCUCCUCGCAGAAGGAGGCAAAUGCAAAUAGAAAAGUAUCUCCUGUGAAUUAGGCAUAAUGACUGCUGGCUCGUGGUAUCAUACCCAGUAGAAGGGACACCUUCCCCUCCACUAUUUUCGCUAGCCCUAGAAGGUCACUGAGCGUGCUCGAGGGUACUGUUUUAUAUGAAAAAUUUGUUAAGUAAAAUCUGUAUCAUGAGGUAUAUUUAUCACAUGUUAUCUGUAUAGUACUUAAUACACUUUAUAUCAUAUUUAAAAACAUUAAUGAAGUAACUCUUAUGUUUUUUAAGUUAAUGUUAAAAGUACUGACUGACGAUAUUUGAAUUAAUUUGUUCUUAAAUAAAUAUUUCAUUGACGUUGAAAAAAAGUACGACAACGAAUACACAUUAAUUAAGCAAGAAUUAUGGAAAAAGAAGAAAUUUGUCUGUACUUUAACAGCAUUAUUAGAGAUGAAAAGCAUGUAUCUGCUGGAAUGGCUGCUAUUCGUACAUUACUUAAAGUCUUGGAAUAUUCAAAAUCAGAAACAGUUCAAGAGCUUAGAUAUUGUCUGCAAAAUGCGAUAGAUGCUAUGAGAUCUACUGAAAAUCCUGUAACUGCUAUCGCAUCUGGUAGCGAAUUGUUUCUUCGUUUUAUCACUUUAGCUACAUUAGAUACACCGUCAUUUGCAGAAUGUAAAGGAAUAAUGCUUCACAGGGGAAUGAUGUUCUAUGAGAAAUUAGUGGCUGCAAGAGGAAAAGUUGCAAAAGUAGCAGCGCAUUUUAUUAAGGAUGGUUCUAAAAUACUUACUCAUUCAAAAUCUAGAGUUGUAUUGCAAGCAAUGAAGGAAGCUGCUGCAAGUAACAAAAUAUUUGAGGUGUAUGUAACUUCUUCUUCUCCGGAUAAUAGUGGUGAAGAAAUGUGCCAAAAUUUAACCAAAUUAGGUGUGUCUUGUACACUAAUAUUAGAUUCUGCAAUGGGAUAUGUAAUGGAACAGGUUGAUAUGGUUAUGGUUGGAGCAGAAGGUGUCGCAGAAAGUGGUGGUGUUAUUAAUAAGGUUGGCACAUAUACGAUGGCUAUGUGUGCAAAAGAAGUAAAAAAACCGUUUUAUGUGCUAACGGAGAGCUUUAAAUUUUCACGAAUAUAUCCUUUAAAUCAAGUCGAUCUACCAAAUGAAUUCAAGUAUACAGCAAGCACCCUAAAAAACGACUUACAAAAAGAACAUCCGUUAGUUGAUUAUACACCACCUCAUUAUAUUAGUCUUCUUUUUACCGAUUUAGGUAUUUUGACACCUUCGGCUGUAAGCGACGAACUUAUCAAGCUGUACUUAUAAGAAACGUAUGUACUAAUUACAACAUUAUCCAUUUUAAUGGGUUUAUUUUAAACUGUGGUACAUGUUACAUAUACAUUUAAGUUUAAUAAAAGUAUGAAGACGAUAUACAGUACAAAAGUUGAAGUAAAACUGCUUAUAUGAAGACAGUACAAAUUUAACAGUUUAACAUAAGAAAACUCGAGCUUUACAAAAAGUUUCAGCACAACAUUUAUUAAUUAAUUUUUAAAAUGAUAAUGAGUAUUGAAAAAUGAUAAUUAUUUUUGUUUACAUUAUUGUUCAAAAUAAUACAUAAUAAAAUAUGUAUUCAGUUGUCUUUCUGUUCUAUGAUAUGAAUUUUCAGUUGUUCCAUUCUGUUUUUUCUUUUUUAAAUCAAUUUGCAUGCUUCACGCAGUAUGUAUACAUAUGUAUAUCACCAUGUAUAUGUAUAUGCAUAUCAUUUAAUGCAAUUGUACAUAAAGUAUACGCACUUUAAUAGUUAAACGUAUAUUGCAUAUUGCACAGCAACAAUUAACAUUAAUUUCAAUAAAAACAAAAAGUUCAUAAUACAAGUAUAAUGAAAAUUACGUUCUAGAAAUUUUAAAUCUUAGUACAUGUAUAAAUAUACAAAAUUUUCGGAUUUAUUUUCGUAUAGUGUAGUUCAAUAGAACGGAACAAGCAAUUGUAUAAAAAUAAACAGAAUAUAUAUAUAUAUGUAAUCAUGAAUUAAUAUUAUGUUAUUAGUUUUACUCUUUCUACAUUACGUUUUCUUCAACAUUUUUGUAACAGUAUCAUUAAACUCUGGUCUGGACAAAGAUUAAACAAAUUGAAUUUAAUUUGAAAACAAAUGACUACCAACAAUUGAAGAAAUGAAAAUAUACGGUUUCUUUUUUAAUUGUCAAUUAUAAUACUGCGUUUGUAACAAGUAAAACUGGAUUAUGAUUUGGACGGACGAACAGUUUAAAAAAUUUGGACGCAAGAUUACUAAUAAAAAACAAACAAAAUGCGAAGAAUAAAAUACGAUACAGUGUCAUAGUACGCAAUAAUACAUAUUCACAUAAUUUUUUUCACAAUAUAUGUAUAAACACAGCAGAAACGAAAAAUAUAUCUAUGAUUUACUGCGAAAAUCUGUACGUUAUAAUACGCUAUUACUUUAUCUUAAAAUGGUAAAAAAAAAUUACACACGUGUAGAACAAAAUAACCCAAGCUUCAUGUUCCUACUUCUUUAAACACAAUUACGCUACUUCAUUAGAUGUUAAAAUUUCGUUCUGAAAUUACCUAUGACGAACAUGUCACUACUAGAUGAAAUUUACAUCUUCUAUUUUCUAUUUUUAUUUUCUUUAAAAAUCAAAUGUGUACAAUACUUGAGAUUUUCAUCGUAAAUCAUAGAUACAUCACGUACGUAUGUUUUGGUACUAAGCGUCGGUUGUUACAGCUCUUUGCGAGCUGUUAUAUAUAAUUUGAUAAAAUGAUCUAUAACUGUAAUAAACGGUGUAAAAGAAAUAUUAUUCAUCAUACAGAUUAA